UCCCGGAAACGCGGCAGGGCGCAGGCGCAGGCGGGCCGUGUUGGUACAGGGCCGGUUCCCCGCGUGACCCUGCGACCCCGCUGUCCCCGCGCGGCCAUGGCGACUCUCAGGGCCCUGGUGGCGUCCAGGCUGGCGGCGAGCGCCGCUUUCGCGCCCUCCUGCGGGCGGGCGUCCGCCCCGCGCGCUCCCCUUCACGUGUCCGCGUCGCGCCCCGGGCCCAGGGUCGGGCUGGUGCUGUCCGGCUGUGGCGUGUACGACGGGACGGAGAUUCACGAGGCCUCCGCGGUCCUGGUGCACCUGAGCCGGGCGGGCGCCGACGUGCACAUCUUCGCCCCCAGCAUCCCCCAAAUGCACGUGAUCGACCACACACAGGGGCAGCCCGCGGAGAAGGAGACCAGGAACGUCCUGACGGAGUCAGCACGGAUCGCCCGUGGCAAGAUCAGCGACCUGGCGCAGCUCAGCGUGGCCAACCUGGACGCGGUCAUCUUCCCGGGAGGCUUCGGCGCCGCCAAGAACCUGAGCAGCUUCGCCGUGGACGGCAAGGACUGCACCGUGCACAGGGAUGUGGAGCGCGUCCUCAGGGACUUCCACAAGGCCGGCAAGCCCAUCGGCCUGUGCUGUAUCGCGCCCGUCCUCGCCGCCAAGGUGCUGGGCGCCGUGGAGGUCACCGUGGGCCACGAGCAGGAGGAAGGGGGCAAGUGGCCAUACGCUGGCACUGCAGAGGCCAUCAAAGCACUGGGUGCCAAGCACUGUGUGAAGGAGGUGACCGAAGCCCAUGUGGACCAGAAGAACAAGGUGGUGACCACGCCUGCCUUCAUGUGUGAGACGGCGCUGCACCACAUCCACGACGGCAUCGGCGCCAUGGUGCGGAAGGUGCUGGAGCUCACCCGCAAGUGACCCGCGCCGGGGAGGGGGCACUCGGGGGGCAGCCAGUCCCCCCACACUGCCCGCGGGGAGGGACAAUAAAGAGCUGAGCCUUC